CCGGCUGCUGCUCCACCAUGUCCACCGCCUCCGAUCGGCUCGCUGCUGAGACGGCUGUGUUGAUCUUGAAUCACACUAAAUGGAGAGCACUGAAGUUCCUUUAAGAUGACACGGACACAUCCCCCUGAUUUACUGGCAUCGACUCUAUAUCGGAACAUUACUCUAAAUCCCAUCACAGACCACUCCAUUUCUCUCUACUCCUCCCGGGAAUGUGACUUGAAAAUGAUUGAUAAACCAGAGAUCAUCAACAAAAGACACUGCCGUAGCUUUGACUUCAUUGAAUCACUGGAUGACCCGCAGUCCUUCUCUUCCUCAAUGGAGUACCCUUACAAGAGGACGGAGCAUCAGACAUUAAACAAAGAUCUAAUGUGGAAUGGACUAGAUCAACAGGGGCAUCUUCGCUUUUCAUCUCCUGAUCUGUUUAACACCAGGCAGUUCCAGCAGCACACCAGCCAAGACAAAACGAGCCAUCUUAUAUGGUCGGAUUCUAAAAAGAGAACAAGAUCUAAAAGUGCUCCAAGAAUUAAGGCCACCCUCACUCCUGUGCCCAUCUCAGUAUCUCCUCCCGGAGCCAGGAAGGGGAGGGAUGCACUUCAGGCUGCGUCAGAUACCUUGAGGACUUCUGAAACACAUCGAGAAGCCUACUCCUCAAACAGGGCCUUUUUGAAUGAGGUGCAUCCUAUCAAACUGCAGCCUCAUUCUCCCCUCUAUGUCUCAGACUGUUUUGAGGAGGACAAACCAGAUAAACCAGCCAUAACCCCUCAUGUCAGGUGCCGUGUGGACAUUAAACCAGAUGCUGCUGUACUGCAGCACACAUCUAGGCAGGUUCCCAAUGUAAGGACUGAGCAUCUUUGGCAGAGAUACUCCCAGGCCAGUAGCAGUAGAGGUUUGUAUGUACCACGGCAGGUUGUCUCCUCGCCAACGCCCACUCCAAGCGAAUGCUACAGUGGAGAUUUUAGACAAGGAUACCAUUACACCACCAGAAUGUCUCCCAUCUCUUACCAGCAUCUAGACAUGCGUAGAAUGCCAUCUUCAACAGCACCAUAUCUGAGUCAAGAACAAAGAGCUUACUCAAAUCCUAACAUACCAACCAAAUUUUUCUAUACAGAGGACCCUGUUCGGUAUCCAGUCCAUCCCUAUUCUAGAGCAUACUUUCAGGAUGACCGGUCCAGUUUAACCAGCCAUGGUAGUACAAUGACUAGUCAAUAUGAUCCAAGGACUCGAUGGGUGCACACCCUUCCCGUCAGGUCCUAUUACACAGACAACUUAUCCAACCGAGACCCAGCACACUCUGUAUAUACUAGGCCUUACUCCACAAGUGAGGCAGGAUCAUACUUUUCUCAAACUCCAUUGUCUAGAUCUUACUAUGGAGAGGAAGACCGGUUCAAUCCGUACCAUAUGAGUAGCUCAAGGCUGUUUUAUUCCAAACCGUUCAGCUCUCCUGGGGAGCAGCACUUUCCAACAAGGCCAUAUCAUACAGAGGGUUGUCGACGCCCUCAAAUGUCCCAGGCCUUUUCAGAUGACUGGUAUCGCUCGAGUAUAUCUGGUUACUCUAACCAGUCCUCUCAGCACACACCACCAAGAGCAAGGCCAGACCCCAGUGUACCCCCGUGGUUUACUAGCAGCUGUGUCGAGACAAGUAGACUAGGAGCAGAGGCCAAAAACCACUCCAAGUCUUGGGACAAUAUUCUAUAUCCACGGCAGGACAGAGAGCAAUUAGUGCCUCGUGGACGAAGCUAUGAAAACCUGUUUUACCAAGCAAGGCAUGGAGCACCCUCUGAUGUUAUGUCUCAACCUGUUAUACUUAACCUUUCAAGUUCGCCAAGGCGCUACGCUGCACUGUCACUCUCCGAAAACUCACUGGAGAGGGGCUCAAGCAAUCCGUGGAAGAAUACCAAGAGCGGACACUGGUUUGUAACACCUGAGAUCACCAUAACAGACAAUGACAUAUGUGCAGCCAACACCAAGCGUCGUGAUUUGCACUCUGUCAGCUGGGAUACGUUGGACGGUGAAAAGACAACAUCUCCGAGAGUACUGCAUCAGAAGCAGCCAUCCACCACAGCAGACAUAACCAAAGACAAGAAACACAACAACUUCUCCCUCCAGCAGAGUCUAGAGCAACUGGAUGAACUCUUAGCUGAUUUGGUUGUUGAUUACAAACCACCAACUAGCAGAAAGUCAAGUGAAGACCUUUUGGUCCACCUAAAACAGUUAAUAACUGAAGACGAUGACAAACACAGAGGCUCUUCUGGACUUGAAAACUUAGGAUGUCUGAAUAAACAGCUCCUGUCCUCUAAAUCCAGCCCUGACGCAAUUAAAGACCCUGAUAGUGGGUUUGAUGCCUUACAAAGGAGUGCAGAAGAAUGUUCUCCAGACCACAGCACAGAUGAAGACGACACUAUGGUUUGUGCUAACAGGAAGUGCAAGCGGAUUGAGAAUAUGUUCAACGCCUGCUUAUACUUCAAAUCAUGUCACAGUUGCUACACCUUUUACUGCUCACGAAACUGCCGCAGGGAUGACUGGGAAACCCAUAAAGAGACCUGUCUAUAUGGUCGUGUCAGCAGUGUGUGUCGACACACUCUUAAGUUCUGCAGAGAGAAUUCAGAGAUCCACAAAGCCUUCUCUCGCAUUGCUAAAGCUGGCUACCUCUCCAGAGGGAGAGGUGUUCUCUUUCUUGGUUUUGCUAAUCCAGAGACAGCUGACAACUUCCUGCAAGUUGGGCUCGAGAGCCUCCUCAUGUCUCCCACAUACUUAUCUCUCAGAGAGCUGGAUGGCUUCAAGGACAACCUAGGUGAAUACUGCAAGGAACUGCAGACGGCAGGUAAUGAGUACGACCCGAAUGAAUGUUUCCUUCUGAAUGUAUCCAUAGCUGUUGGUGAACUAGUGCCUAAUAGACCUUCACCAAGGGUCCAAGCACCAACAGUUCGAAAAUAUGCAAAGGUGUCCUUGGCUUCCUCAAGCCCCGACAAAAAGGUACUCAAGAAGGAUAGUGAAAUGGAAACGCUCAUCCUCACUCCGCCUCCAGGCACACCAGACAUUGACAAGGAGGGGGAGGAGGGAAGAAAAGCCAGAGAGGUGUGCUUUGUCAAUAUCCAGCGUGAGCUCAGGACCAGGGGAGUCUUCCUUCGUCACGAGUACCCCAAAAUCUAUAAUCAGCUGUGUGAGUUUGUGGAGACCAACAAAAGGUUCACUCCUACUACGAUUUAUCCAAUAGAUAAGAGAACAGGGAAACAGUUUAUGUGCAUGAUCAUGGCUGCAUCUGAGCCAAGAACACUGGACUGGGUGGGUACCCCUCAUCUCUUGGAUGACAUUAUAUAG